AUGUCUCGUGUGUUUAUAGUUACAUUCCUGUUAUGCUUGCAUUUAUUAGAUAGUGCUACAGGCCUGGGAGAAAUUAUUUACGCUAUAAACGCCGGUGGUCCAGCACAUACUGAUAUUUAUGGUAUUCAUUAUGAAAAAGAUCCACUACAAGGCAGAGUGGGAACUGCUUCUGACUAUGGAAAGCAACUUGUUAUGAUAGGAAGAGUUAACUCCAAAGACGAAAUAUUAUACCAAACGGAAAGGUACCACCAUAGUACUUUUGGUUACGAUAUACCAGCUAAUAAAGACGGUGAUUAUGUUCUUGUGCUCAAAUUCAGCGAAGUCUACUUUAAUGCUCCUAACAUGAAAGUGUUUGAUGUGGUUUUGAACGGUGAUCAUACAAUAGUAGCUGACUUGGAUAUAUUUGACAAAGUUGGUCGUGGAGUUGCACAUGAUGAAUACAUACCUUAUUUUAUAAGAAACGGUAAACUGUAUUAUAACGAUGAAGAGUCUGAUAUAAGGGGUGGAAAAAUAAAAGUGGAAUUUAUCAAAGGAUAUAGAGACAACCCUAAAAUUAAUGCAUUGUAUGUGAUGAGAGGGACGAUAGACGAAGUACCUAAACUACCUCCAAUAGUCUGGCCGGAAUCAGAGAGUGAGGAGCCUAGAGAAGAAGUAGAAGAAAAGAAUACCAAAACCCGAAGGGCCAGUGGUCCCAAACAACCGGAUCCAUAUUUCAUGGAUGAUAGUUCAGUUUUAAUACCAGUGUUUAUUACUAUUGGUGCUUUUAUUCCUUUACUAUUUUGUCUCUGUAAACUUUAA